AAAAGGUAGACGUCUAAAAAUGAACACUAAAGUCAGUCUCGAUAGCUAUUAGUUUUCUUCGAUUAGGGAGAAAAUUAUUGUUGGCGACCUACUACUAGUCAUCAAUAUUUAGUCAAUAUCUGGUGGAACCGUUUCUGAUGGAUUUGCGGUGCAAGCACAUCAAAAUCUAAUGUUUGCUUGUCCGCGAGAGAGCCUGCCUUCUCUAUCCUUGUGUUUUAGUUGGCCAUUGCUAAUGCAGAUGAGACUCAUGCAAAAAAAAAAAAAAAAAGAGAAAAUAAGGUAGAAAAAACUGACGAGAGCCACGUGCCGGUGGUGGGAGAAAUGUGGUAGUGGGGCGCGAGGGACCCACUAGGGGAGUUGCAAAGGCUUUCCACCGACACCCACGCUCGCGAGUGCCCUCAUCCGCGGAGCACCCCCCACUCCCACCGAAACGCGUCGCCGUCCCCGCCCGAUCGCGGAUUAAGCGGAGCUGUGGGAACGAUUCAUGUAAACACAGCGCUAAUGACCACAAUUAAGACGAGAAGAGUGGGAAAGAAUUGGGCUGGCGUCCGUUCACGUGCAUGCGUCAUCGGAGACCACGAGCGAGCACGUGCGAUGUGGCGGUGGUGGGUGGGUGCGGGAUUCCCCCCUCGCAUCGGGAUCCUCAUCGCCCUCACGUGAUUCGAUGCCCUCGUCUCCGACUUUCUAUACGGCAGCCACGGCGCCUUCCUCAUCAGGACCCGGUAAACAACUACGACAACAUCCAGCGGGCCACGCUGGAUCCGACGGCUCAGGAUCCACAUGAAGAAACAAGAAAAGUACCCGGUCCUUGGGCCGCAUGGGUAGCGCGCGUACAGCUGGCGCCCGACGCCUCCGCUCGUGAGCUUGAGGGUGAGUGCAACACUGUGUUUGGUCGCCGGGGGGAGACUCCAGCCGCAUGAUGGGUGGGGGUCUCGUCAGAGAUUUCACAGCUGUAUCCAGUUGUCUCGGCGUCGUUACAAGGGGGGACUCAGAGGUGCGCCGGUGGUCCACACGGCGUCCGACACUGCAUGUCUUAGUGACCGCUCGCCUCACCGCGGUAAUCGCCACCUGCGUCCUCAUCAACCACGGCACAUGACGAAUAGCAUACAGGUAUUCUGCCCGGUGUAUAGUUGGGGCACGACGCCUCGAGAGGUCCGGCACCUCGUUGUCCAAUGCGCAGCGCCUGCGGCUGUCCAAUGGGACGCAGUGAAUCCUCGUGUGCAGGUGCAGCGGUAGCCGAAUGCCGGAGGCGCACGGCCACGGUAACUGCACAGUGCCCACAGAAAGAGAAGGUAACGUAACUAGAAACUCCCUGUUCCCUCACAUCCACACGCAAAUCGAGUCCAUGGUCUAACCAGGUGGAGUUAGUUUUAUCGGCAGUUAAAAUGUCGAUGACAAAACAGUCAACGAUGGAGAUCAUUCACGUCAAGCUAAUAUGCCAAACUCACAUGGGAGAGGGAUAAAUACGAGGGGGUUGAAAAAGUAACAGAAGACUUGGAGAGAGGAGAGGGGAGGUAGAUGAGGGUGAGGGAUGCACGUAGUGCAUGAAGCCACAACCUCUUUCAAUGCGCUCUCCCCCCUUCCCCACCCCCUCUCAGUCCGAGCGCCUCGUUACUUCCACAACGGCAUUGAUAUUAUUAUCAUUAUUGGUCUCAUCAUGGCCACCUCCAUUAUUUGUAGCAAUGUUGCAAAUUUGUGAAUGCCGUCUUGACCUCAAUUCCCACCUCCAUUUCUUCUCCUUCCUCUAGCUCUCGCUCGCUCACUCUCUCUCCACCCACCCUCACUGGGAACAGAACAAGACUAGGAGCUCGGAGUACCAUAGUCCUUCGGUACGACUCUCUUUGCCUUCUGAUGGCUCCGGAGUGGGAGAUGGCAAUGAUGGGAAUUGGAGCUUGCUAUUCUAUAAGCUCAGCGGCUGUUUCACCACUUCCCAGCACCAGCGCUACUCCCACUUCGCCUGCUUACCUCUACGGUCCAGUUCCGCCCACCGCCGACGCCGGUCUCUGCGUCGAUGACCUCCUCGACUUCUCCCAUCAUGAUCUCUUCCCUCCUGUUGCCACCGACACCCUUUUCUACGCUACCACGACGGUGGAGCCGUCGUUGACCACCGGGGGCAGUACGCUAUCAGAGGAGACGUUCUCUGUUUUCCGAUCUCAGCAGGCCUCCUCCGACCUUUACAUUCCACACUGCGAGGACGCAGCAGAGCUGGAGUGGCUGUCCAAGUUUGUGGAGGAUUCCUUCUCCGACGUGCCUUACGAGACCGGCGCGGGCAUAAUAACGCCUCGGGUGGAGCAGUCGGCCAACGGCCCUGGAGCUCGGAGCAAGCGCUCGAGCGCCGCUACUGGUGCGGUAGCGGCCGAAGCUUGGUCCUCAAUGGUGGCGCCAUUACAGCCACCAGCUCAGAACUCGCCUUCGUCUUCGUCUUCUUCGUCCUCCUCCGAGUUCUCGAUGCCCAAGCCAAAGGGGAACGGUGGCGACAACAUCAAUAGGAGCAACAGAGGAAAGAAGGGCGUUAGCGGAGGAGGAAGAAGCGCGGGGAUGGAAGGCGGGGCGGCGCGGCGAUGCACGCACUGCGCGUCGGAGAAGACGCCGCAGUGGCGGACGGGGCCGCUGGGGCCCAAGACGCUGUGCAACGCAUGCGGGGUGAGGUACAAGUCCGGGAGGCUCGUGGCGGAAUACCGCCCGGCGGCAAGCCCCACCUUUGUUCUCACGCAGCACUCCAACUCCCACCGCAAGGUGAUGGAGCUCCGCCGCCAGAAGGAGCUGCUGCUCCGUCGCCAUCACCAGGAGAACCACCCCUCCUCUUCCGCUCAGCCGGAGCUGCUGUUAGGCGACUACGGGGCUUGCUAAGCUGCAACCGACGCUACCGUCGCAGGCCGACAGUCCCUUCCACCUCUCAAGGACAACUCUCGUUUGUUUCUAAUUCUUCCUUGAACUCUCCACAAAUCGGACGGUUGAGAUCUUAGCAAUCUCCUUUCUU